GCGGGACAGCCUCGGAGGAGGUGUGGUCAGGGCCGAGAUCUGGAGUCGAGAGUCGUUGGCUCGAGUAAAGCUUGGGAGCGAGCGCGCACUUUCGGUGGGUACCUGGGCAGCGGCGGGGAAAGGGAGUCCUCGGGCCGGGCCGGGCCACGUGUGUGCGAGACAAUGUCGGUCACCAGCCACGAGACCCGGAAGUCUCGCUCCAGCUCUGGCUCCAUGAACAUACAGAUCUUCCACAAGCCGGGCCACGCGGACAGCCUGCUGACCCAUCUGAACUUGCUGCGCCAGAAGUGCCUCUUCACCGACGUGGUACUCAGGGCCGGGAGCGGCGUGUUCCACUGCCACCGAGCUGUGCUGGCUUCUUGCAGCUACUACUUCGAGGCCAUGUUUGGGGGGGGCCUGAAGGAGAGCCGAGAGGGCCACGUGGACUUCGGAGACCGGCUGCACCCGGAGGUGUUGGAGCUGUUGCUCGACUACGCCUACUCAGCCAGGGUGCUCAUCAACGAAGAGAACGCGGAGUCUCUUCUGGAGGCCGGGGACAUGCUGCAGUUCCAUGACAUCCGGGACGCGGCUGCAGCCUUCCUGGAGAAGAAUCUGCACCCCACCAACUGUCUGAAUAUGCUGGCCCUGUCUGACACUUUUAAUUGCGACCGGCUGUUUGAGCUGUCCUGGAGAAUGGCUUUGGCCAACUUUGCUUCUUUGUACAAGUCUGAUGAUUUCCUAAAACUCCCCAAAAGCAGGCUGCUGGAGCUUGUGCAGAGCGAAGACUUGGAGGUGGAGGAGGAGAGCCUGGUAUACGAAGCAGUCAUUGGAUGGAUCAAGUACGACCUGUCUGUCCGCCACGAUGACUUGCCAGAGCUUCUGCGUUCAGUGCGCCUGGCUCUUUUGCCCGAGGCUUACCUGAAGAACCAGGUGGCUCUGGAAGAGGUGGUGACAAACCACAAACUGGGAGGGGAGAUCGUGGCAGACGCCGUGCGCUGUAAAAUGAGGCUCUUGCAGAACGAUGGGCUGGUGACGGGCUUCUGCGCCCGGCCCCGGAAGGUCAGCCAGGCUCUGCUGCUGCUCGGGGGGCAGACGUUCAUGUGUGACAAGAUUUACACCAUCGACCAGACCACCAGCGACAUCAUUCCCAGGACAGACAUUCCUAGUCCCCGCAAAGAGUGCAGCGCUUGUGCCAUCGGCUGCAAAGUCUACGUCACCGGGGGCCGGGGCUCCGAGAACAGUGCCUCCAAAGACGUGUGGGUCUACGACACCCUCCACGACGAGUGGGCCAAGGCUGCCCCAAUGCUGGUGGCCAGGUUUGGCCACGGUUCGGCAGAGCUGGCGCAUUCUCUCUAUGUGGUCGGGGGCCACACGGCCGUGAGUGGCUCCUUCCCAGCCUCCCCCUCCGUCUCCCUUAAGCAGGUGGAACACUACGACCCGCAGACUAACAAAUGGACUUUGGUGGCUCCUCUUAGGGAAGGGGUCUGCAAUGCUGCCGUGGUCGGGGCAAAGAAGAAGCUUUUUGUUUUUGGGGGCACCAGCGUUAACCAGAUUCACUUGCCCAAAGUGCAGUGCUUCGAUCCCUGUCAGAACCGCUGGACGGCGCCCACCACCUGUCCCCAAGCGUGGAGAUACACCGCAGCUGCUGUGCUGGGCAGCCAGGUGAUUGUGAUUGGGGGCGACACGGAGUUCUCAGCCAGUUCUGCCUACCGCUUCCACAGCGACACCUUCCAGUGGUCCAAGUUUGGGGAUGUGACGGCCCGGAGGAUUAGCUGCCGAGCAGUCACCUGUGGAAAUAAACUCUUUGUGGUGGGGGGCUACUGUGGGACUCAGCGCUGCAAAACCCUCGACUGCUACGAUCCCUCCUCCGACACCUGGAGCAGCAUCACAACCGUGCCUUACUCCCUCAUCCCCACGGCAUUCGUCAGCACCUGGAAGUAUCUGUCGAUCUGAAGCGCACCCUGGCAGAGAGGAAGGAGGAAGGAGACUUGGGCUCUGCUUUCAUUUUCUUGCUGCAGAGGAUCCUCUUCGGCAGCCAAGUGCUGUCUGCCCUUGUAAUGUCCCGUCCACACCCGAGUCCUGCCUGGCGGUUGGCAGGGUGACAUCUGUUACAGAUGUGGCUUCUGGGAUCACAGGGACAAAGGGGGUCUGCCCCCCAGUGAGCAAGCGAUUUCAUUGAUGCUGGUUAUAUAGACUUGGGACAGAUACAGUGAGCCCAAUUGGGUGAAUGGAGGGAAGAAGAGACCCCUGUGGCAGUGAUCACAGCCUCUGGAAGAUGGUGGAAGGUGGUGGAAAAUUGUCACCGAUUGUUCCCUCCUGUUAAAGGUGAGGAGGGGGCAGUAGGUCAAGCAGAGAGGACUUUUUAAGCAACAUAUUCACACCUUCCUGCCCAAGCGGAGGUGGUAGUCACUGUUGUCCUGAUUACAGUUCUGCUCUCAGGGGCCCGCCCUGGCCUUUUCACAAUCUGCUUUGCCAGUUGUGACAUGUUUAUUAUCCACGUUGGUGGAUUUUGGACAGUGAAGAAUGCCAACCAGCAUCGAGCCUCCUGGUCAAUGUGGUGAAUGACAAGGCUGAAGAGUCCCAUUUUAGACCCAAAAUGAGACGGGGCUGUGAAAUGACAGCUGACUUCAGGGACAUGAAAAUUAGCAGCAGUUCCCAGAGAUCUCCACUAGAAGCAUCUUUAGAAUCUGUGUGGCUUUCCAAGAUCAG